UUGACUUAGUUUUAUCGUCAAUGCGUUUGUCCGCCCCCACUGACAGACGACUGCGGCUCGACCGUGUUUCUCCGCUGCGCUUCCGUCGCCCGCAGUCCGUAGGACGGUUAAUAUGCUGACUGAACUUGGGGCCGCGUUUUAGGGUUAAAGCUGCCAGUCAGCCACGCUAACGUUAGCUAUUACUACUACUACUACCAACGCCGCUGCUGCUGUGUGUGUGUGUGAGAGCGUCUGCGUUUAAAACGGGUGUUUUUCGUUCUCUCCACGAAAGUCUCGUCACAUUUCUGAGUUUUUUGUACAACGCCGUCCUCUCUCUCCUCAAAGCCAAGCCCCUUACUGCUGGCCCAGUCAACAUGGAGGGGACGCACUUUGCGAGAGAAUAAAGACGACGACUAAAGAGGAUUAUAAACGCAGCAAGGCGUCGAUGGCGAAAAGUUGAGCUGAGGAUAAACAACUUGGAAGUAAACUAAGGGAAAGGAUUUUAAAGUCUUACCUGAUUGUACACGGGGAUGCUACAACACCAGUGAUGGAGCCCACAGUUGUGAGUACAUCCUCUCUGCCCCCAGAUGAGUUUGACAGGAACGUGCCGCGGAUCUGCGGCGUGUGUGGCGACAAAGCCACGGGCUUCCACUUCAACGCCAUGACCUGUGAAGGCUGCAAGGGGUUUUUCAGGCGCAGCAUGAAGCGCAAGGCCGCCUUCACGUGUCCCUUUAACGGCAGUUGCACCAUCACCAAGGACAACAGGCGCCACUGCCAGGCGUGCCGACUGAAACGCUGUGUGGACAUUGGCAUGAUGAAAGAGUUCAUUCUGACAGAUGAGGAAGUACAGAGGAAGAAGGACCUCAUUCAGCGGCGGAAGGAGGAGGAGGCACAGCGCGAAGCGGAGAAAGAGGCACGGCGGCCUCGGCUCACCGACGAGCAAAGUCAGGUCAUCGCCACGCUGGUGGAGGCUCACCACAAAACCUACGACGACUCUUACUCUGACUUCUGCCGCUUCAGGCCUCCUGUGCGUGAGGGUCCAGUGACACGCAGUGCGAGCAGAGCUGCCUCUCUUCACUCUCUGUCUGAUGCCUCCUCUGACUCAUUCAGUCACUCUCCAGAGUCGGUAGAAACCAAAGUGAACUUCAACAACCUGCUGACGAUGUACCAGGAACAGGGCAGCAGCCCUGACUCCAGUGAGGAUGACGGCACCGGCCUCUCCAUGCUGCCUCACCUGGCUGACUUGGUUUCGUACAGCAUCCAGAAGGUCAUUGGAUUUGCCAAGAUGAUCCCUGGGUUCAGGGAGUUGACUGCAGAGGACCAGAUUGCACUGCUCAAGUCCAGUGCCAUUGAGGUGAUCAUGCUGCGUUCAAAUCAGAGCUUCAACCUGGAAGACAUGUCGUGGAGCUGUGGUGGACCUGACUUUAAAUACCAGAUCAGUGAUGUCACUAAAGCGGGCCAUACUCUCGAGCUGCUGGAGCCACUAGUGAAGUUCCAGGUCGGCCUGAAGAAGCUCAACCUGCAAGAGGAGGAACAUGUGCUGCUCAUGGCCAUCUGUUUGCUUUCUCCAGACCGCCCAGGUGUGCAGGACCAUGCGCGGAUUGAAGUCCUCCAAGACCACCUUUCAGAGAUCCUGCAGGCUUACAUCCGGCUUCACCACCCAGGAGGACGGCUGCUUUACGCCAAGAUGAUCCAGAAACUGGCAGACCUGCGCAGCCUCAACGAGGAGCACUCCAAACAGUACCGUUCACUCUCCUUCCGGCCGGAGCACAGCAUGCAGCUCACCCCGCUGGUGUUGGAGGUGUUCGGUAGCGAAGUCUCCUAGAGGUCACCUGUAAACCUCAAAGAGGAAGCUAGAGAUGAGCCUCCGGGGUUAAAAGGGAGGGAGGGAGCUGAGAAUGUGCUGAAUGGUCUAAAUGGAAGUGCGGAGGAGAUAAAAUGGUGCGUGUCUGUGUCUGGGCAGGUGUGUGUCGGAUGUGUGAUUUUAUGUGUGUCAUGUCUUCAGAAGUCUAGCUUGGCGUUAAGUCCAAGGUUUAUAGAGAGCAAGCAGGUGUUAACAAUAAUCGAGGGACCUUCAUGAAAUACAAAUGAACCUAUACUUGCAUCCUCUGCCUGUAUACAGUAUUUUUGUCUGUAUUUAAAUCAACAAACAGCUGCUUCAAAUGCCAGGACAUUGUGUGUGUGUGUGCAUGUCACACACACACCAACUCAACAAACAUACUCAGUUAUUCAUCUAGCCAUUCAGUUGAGCUACCUCUUUGUUUUACUGGGUUGUUUUAUAUUUACAUCACCUAUGUGAAACAGUAACUUUUACACAGAGCAAUUUAGAUACAGUACGGAUGACAUUUCACUUUAUCAGUGCAAAAGCAGUGCCUGCACAUGACGCUGACGUUUUUGGAUGUUUCAAAUAGUCGGUCUUUCUUUUUUCUUUUCUCUUUUUUUUUUUUGCUUUUCUCAAUGGCAGCAUAUGUGUAAACAAUUCAAACUCAUGCCGUUCACCUUUCACCAAAGGUAUUGUCAACUACUUUCUCAUAAAGCUUCCACUACCUUAAAGAAACAAAGACAUGAAAAUGCGUGCUGCUCUUUGGUUACUUCAUGUGCGCAGCCUCAUGACAUGCUAGAGAUUUGUCUGACUAGCCUCACAGCCAGUGAAGGAAAAAGUCACUAUACGGUUUUAUAUACUGCAGAAUUGAGAGCAUUUAGUCAGGUUUGAUAGGGAUUAGAGUUGGAGGUGAGAGAAUUAGCCACUAAAUGUGUUAGCUAACACUGCUAGCUGUCAAUCAGACUAAGCCUGCAGUAGGGCUUGUGUCUCUCUUUUAAAAAUUGAGUUUUUCGUUAAUUCUUCAUUUUCCUGUACAUAGUUAAUUGCUACCACAUGCAUCCUAAGCACUGUUAUGCCGUAUUUUACACGGGCCUACUUAUUAAUAUACAUUGUCUAUAAUCACAGAUUUUUAAGGGCUAAAAUGCCAAAUCUAACUGGAAUAGUAAAUUCAGGCCAAAGCAAAGUGGUCUGUCUAGGUAAUACAGUAUAGUAGCUGCAUACUUUGCUUGGAAUUUGGCACAGAUGCAGAUGUAAUAUCAGUGGUUGCUCUUUAUUUUUAUUUUUUAUAUAUACUUUACUUCACCUUUACAAAAACAAUUCCAUGAAUUGUUCCUCCUCCGUACACACAGAGCUUGGUGUGUGCAGAGCUUGGGAAGCUGCUUUAGACCUCCACAGAUAUCACACCCCUUUCGUUUCUGACUGGGAAGUGGAUUUUUCAAGAAUGUCUGGGGACCUGGCUGUGGCGGUUCGCACCUCUACACCCAGGCCCUCCUGUUUGAUGAUGUAUGCUGCGCAGCCCUCUAGUGGCUGCAUUGUGUAAAUACCAAGUAUAAAUAUAUAUAUACUGUACGUUGUAUGUCCCGUCGCUGUACAUAGGGCUACAUAGAUUUUUUCCAAGGCUAAUUUUUUCUGAAAAAAAAUAUAUGCAAAUACAAUAUUGACCUAUUGACAUGUUCUGUUUUGUUUUGGACACUAUGCUCUCAGUUUUGACUUUGAUAAUGUCUUUUGGUAUGAAUGAGUCUGGAGUGGUGUGUGUAUUUGACUCAAUCAGAUUAUUUUUGUGUUGGUGGGGUUGAUGUUUUUGACCUAAUUUCCAAGGUUUCAUUUUUAGAAAGAGGACAAACAUACCAUGCUGCUCUCUAAUAUAAGCCAUAUAGAUCACCAAGCUAGUUAAACACCUGAUGCAUUACAGUACAUCAAGAGGAUGUCUCCAGGGCUUUGAAUAGUGUCAUUAUAUAAUCUACUAAACUUGUAUGCUAUUAAUCUAUGGCCUUUUGGAAAAUAAGCUUUGUGUGUGAUUAUGAUAGGAACUCAUAUGCCUCUCUCUUUGCUGUCAGUCAUCUUUGGCUUCUGCUUCAUCAGGCGGCAUCUAAUGGCUUAAACCAAACUGCCAGGAAAAGUUUUAAAAAUCUUUACAGUUAGAGGCCAGUAAUGUUGAAAGGCUUCCAUGAGACUAUGUCUUUUUUUAAUAUGAAGACAACUUCCCCCAAAGAAGCGUUCAAUCAAUUCCCUGUCAAGUGCUGAUGCCUUCACAAGGAGGUUUAAUUGAAAUGAUUUUCAGAAAGGACACAAAAAAGUCUUACACUUCUUUUGUCUUCUAUUAGCCGAGUGACAGACGAUGUCUGUUUUAAAGACAAAGAGAAAAAGAAACGUCCCUGUGAUUGGCCAUGCGGGCUUCCUUUGACAGAACUAGAGCUUCCUUCAUCUCAGCAGACCAGGUUGACUCUGUGAUCUUUGAGAACGAUGGCGUGAGAGAGAGCGAGUGCAGCUCGACGUGUUCUCACAUUCACUUUAUGAGAAGCUGUCGCUGUAGUUUGUUCAGCCCAUGUGUUUUAAGUCCGUUCUCCGUCACUGUGACUUAUUGCCACCUUUUCUCCAUCACUCACUGUGACACUCAACAAGCUGACAGCCUGGGUUGGACACGUGGUGCAGUAGAUUGUUGUUGUUUUUUGUUUUUUCUUCAUUGAUGAAUUCAAAAUAAGUUUGGUUUUCUUCCUGAAAAUUGUUGAGGUUAUUGACGAUUAAGGAGUCGAGGCUCGAGUGUCUCUAGACAGUACCACUCGUAUGUUUGUAUGUUAGUUUGAUGAGGGCUAUGAUGUGCUUGGUUACUGAACACUGACUUUGAAGAUGUGAAAAGUCUCCAUGGUGAUUUUUCUCUGAAUACAUACAUUAAGUAUGUAAAUGUUGGUUUGAGAACGUUUUUUUUUUUUUCCUUUUUGUGGUGGAGACGCAGUGUUGAUUUGUCUAUGGUUAAUACAGUGGGAGGAUUGAAGGGUGGGGGGAGAGAGGAGUUUCUGUUUGUGGGGUUGAAAACCAAACAGGAAGCGUCUUUGAACGCAUCAUGUAGCCACUAAUAGAAAAUAUACAUUUUGAAGUCUGGGGAAUUCCGACUUAAAGUUUUGUCACAAGAAGGGAAUACCCACUUUUCCCGUUGUGACUAUUGUAAUAAAUGGUUAAUUAUUUGGCACAUGUACCUACAUGUUUUCCCCUAAAUCUAAAUAUGGUACAUUCCUAGAGUUUGCUGUUUGGUUUUGCCCUGGUCGGCUGCUCAGAAUCCAUACGUUUAAACUCUGCAUCGUGAUUGUGAGAAUACUGGAAGUUGACAAACAUGUCGGUGGAAAUAUAUACGCUACAAAAUGGAUCUAUCUUUGUUGAGGUUUCCUCAAAUUUGGCAACUUAACACAGUAACAAUGCCUGUAAAAUACAACUCAUGGUACACUAUCACCAGCAAGCUUUACACUUUAUCAUGUUCGUAGACAUCUUUUGAAGUUUUGUGAGUAACUGUUGCCAUUACAAAUCCUGUCUGUAAAACCUCUAUGGUAUCAUUCGUAGGAAACAGUUUUCCAUCUCCAAUGCAAAGGCUUUCAAAUCUUUAUUUUUUCAUCAUUAUUAAUAUUUUUUUGUUCCGCCCAUUAGGACAGGGAUUGUAAUGGAAUCAACUUAAUGUAGUUCUUAUAAAAAAGGAGUGUCCACAAUGGAUGUACACCAUAAUCUACCUAAAAAACCUACCUCUUUUAGCUCAAAUUUUUUUUCUGCAUUAAGCAUUUGCCUCUGUUUUUACUUUUGUAAUAUUUGUAUUCAUGUUGGUAUUUAUUGCUGUCUAAUGAGUCAUACUUCAAUGAUUACCUCAGAGAUAUCUCACAGAUUUGGGAGAGUCCAGCUAAUGAAGUCAUUCUUCUUUCUUUUCUUUUUUCUUUUCGUUCUUUCUUUUUUUCUUUUUGUAUAAUAUUUCCUUCUCAGACUUAACAUUGCCUUUCUUAACGCACAAAAUACCAGGAGUGUUUUUAAUACAGUGCCUGCACUCUGACCAACAGGGCUCAGACUGGCAAGAAUGAGGCUGUGUUUACUCCAGAAGUGACGUCCUUCUCUACAUUUUUGUCCUUUUGCUCCGUCUUAAGGGUAUCUGUGUAGUUUUUUUUGGCAACAGAUGCUAUUAAUCUCGUUGCCACAUGCUUUUAUGCAGCCGCAUUAUCGCCACGAGCUUCUCCUGUUCUGUUUGUCCUUUUUAAAUGUUAGAAGUUGUAGAGGGCAAACACACCAGAGAAACUUCUAUGUGGAGAAUGCGGCUGCAUAGAAGGAACAGCCUGAAAGACUUUGUGGCAGUAGCAGAAAAGAGAGGUGUGUUUUUGCGCUUCACUUGUUACUGUCAACACCGUCUUUGUGCUGCUGAACGCCGUCCUUACCAAGUCAUUUCCUCCAUCCUUUCUGUGUCUUCACGUCUCCUUCUGUCCCUAAAGUCUGCUUCCACACCUUUGUCAUUCCCUGCCAACAUUUGGCCCAAACCAGGGGAAUAAGGAAGGGUGAAAUCCUCAGUAUCCAUGCAAUGCUGCUUUUAUCUCAAGCAUCACCAAGUCGCGUUUUUUUUUGACGCCUCACAAUGAGGGGAAUCAUCCGAAGUGUCGCCACCGCUGCUGCACGACAAGCCUCACAUUAAGAUUUUGUCUCUUGAAACGUACAGAACUUAGUGAUGCUUAUUAAUUCCAUUAAAGAUCCAAGUAUCAUAUUAACGGAGCAACUACUCACUUUGGUGAAUUUGUUUUUUUGUUGUUGUUUUUUCUUUUUUGUAUUCAUGUCAAACUGCUUCAGGUAAACACUGAAUAUAAAUCAAAGUUUUUAUUGAUCAGUGAAUACUGAGGAACAGCGUCGCAUUGGUCCCAUCUACCCUGAGCUGUGUGCCAUUAUACAACCCUUUGACUUCAGGGGGGGUGUUAAUGACACUGGUUUCAGAUGUUCCCCAGCUCAAUUUGAAUAGGAAGGUUGUCCAAGCGUGAGAUUGGCACUGUCAGCCAUGUGUAUUGAUACUUUUUUUUAUUAUUAUUUGAAAUAAGUAGUACAAUUUGAAUUUGGCAUUGAAUUCUAACCCUGCUUUGUGAAUCCAAAUCAUGCCACAUUCGAUUUAAAUGCCUGAACCAACAAAAGCACUUAAUGUAAUGUUUGUUAACACAUGCAUACUGACAAAUCUAGCCAUGAACUACCUGCAAAGGUCAGCAUGAUAUGGCUGCAAUUAUUAAAAA